AUGACUGAACGCUCGCACUCCCUCUCUACCGAAGAAGAACAGGAGCUCGUGAGGAGCAACAAGAAAGUUAAGGACUUGCACAAUGAAGCCCCUGUUGAUACGAUUAGACUCCCUGGGAGUACCAGUUUUGCCAGUAAGUUCUCAUUCUGGGAUAAACUCGUGGGGGAUAUCCCAGAAGCUUACCCCCAAGCUUUCGCCUAUUUGGACCACAUGGAUGCUGACUCUGAGUCGGAUGAGGAAACAGAGGAACUUUGUGAUGGUAUGGCUGAGAUUUGUCUCUCUAAAGAAACAAAGCGACGCAUUAGAGCUCCUUGGGCAAAAGCACUUAUUGUCAAGGUAUUCGGCAAAACUAUGGGGUUUAACUUCCUUCAUGCUAAGCUCAUGGGACUUUGGAAACCAGCAGGGAGAGUUGACAAGGUGGAUCUUGGAAGGGACUUUUUUUUUAUGAGAUUUUCGCUUAUUGAAGAUCUAGAGCUGGUCCUCAAGAAAGGACCAUGGUUUAUAAGUGAACAUUUUUUGUCGAUCCGGAGAUGGGAAGCUAAUUUUAAACUGUCUGAAGCACAAGUUUCUUCGGUGGCGGUUUGGGUUAGAUUCCAUGAGCUACCCAUAGAAUACUAUGACAUGGAAGUCCUCCGACAGCUUGGGCGAGCUCUAGGAACGGUUCUUAGAGUAGAUACACACACUGCAACGGAGGCUUGGGGUCGAUAUGCACGUGUUUGUGUGCAGGUUGAUGUUAGCAAACCUCUUGUCACCUCGGUCCGCAUCGGGCAACGAAACCAACCAGUCGCGUACGAAGGUGUUAGCAAGUUAUGCUUCUCCUGUGGUCAGCUAGGCCACCAGAAUGAGACUUGCCUAUAUUCUAUCAAGCCUCCGUCAUCCCCCCUGAAAGAUUCCCACGUGAUGAGCAAUGCAGAAAUUACGGGUCAAACGACAGCCAAUCCUGAGGCGCGGACAGAGAAUCAGACUGAGGAUUAG